AUGUUUUAAAGUCAAAUUAAAAAUAAUAUCUAAUUUUUGUUUGAAGAUAUUUCAAAAAAUAUCAAAACAAACAUCAAAAUAAAAACAAUCAAAAAUUUUAAUAAUAAAUAAAUACAAACCAAAAAUUCAUAUUUCUUUUAAUACACUAAGAAAUAAUAAAGCAAAAUUUGCAAAAUAAAACAAGAAAUAGUAAAUAAGUAAGUAAGUAAAUAAGUAAAAUGUCAGGUGAAGUUCUUAAGCUCCAACAAGAAUUAGAAAAUGAAGUUAAGGAUAUGCAAAAUCUCUAAAAAGAAUUGUAAAAACUUAAUGAAGGCAGAUAAAAGCUCAUUGAACAACAAAAUGAAUCUGAAUUAGUUUAAAAGGAAAUAGAUUUAUUAGAAGAAGAAGCUGUUAUUUAUAAGCUCUCAGGUCCUAUUUUAAUUAGAUAAACUUUAACUGAAACUAAGAGUACCAUCAAAACUCGUAUUGAAUAUAUUAGAAAGGAAGCUAUUAAGGGAGAGCUCCUUUUAAAGGAUAACGAAACCAAGUAGCUUGACAAGAAAAACAAAAUAGUCAAAUUACAAGAAAACUAUUACAAAGCUGUUAUGGGUCCUCAAUAUGCUCAAAUGA